GGAUAGCAAGUGGUUUAAUGGGUCUUUAUCGUUCUUGUCAGAACUGUGUUUGUGUGCCGGUGCUUCAAUAUGUUUUUGUUUAUGGUAUUCUGCUAUUUCUACGCUGUUACGAGUGCACUAUGCAAUGAUCAAUCGCGAUUGGUUCAGUUAACCCAGGGUCCAGUGCGAGGGUACAAGGACCCCGAUUUGGGGAUAUACAGCUUCUACGGUAUUCCCUACGCUAAAGCACCGACGGGAAAGGACAGGUUCAAGGCGCCUCUACCUGCUCCGGUUUGGUCAGACACUUUCGAAGCUGUAGAUAAGGGAAUAGUUUGUCCGCAAAGUAAUUUGAUGAACAUACUGCCAUCAUCUAAGGUAACCAAAGAAGAUUGCCUCAUAGCAAAUGUUUACGUGCCCGAUACAAAUAAAACGAACCUUCCAGUUCUUAUAGUAGUCCACGGUGGAGCCUACGCAAUUGGAUGGGGAAAUAUGUUUACACCAACGAAAAUAGCUAGCACUGAAAAAGUUAUUGCCGUCACUUUUAAUUUUAGACUUGGUCCUCAUGGUUUUCUUUGUUUAGGCACACCUGAUGUUCCUGGGAAUGCCGGCAUGAAAGACCAAGUAGCGUUAGUUCGCUGGGUAAAGAAUAACAUAGCAAGUUUCGGUGGUAAUCCUGACGAUAUAAUUUUAUCAGGAUUCAGUUCUGGUGCAUCUUCAGUGGACGUCUUAAUACUCUCUAAAAUGACAAAAGGAUAUUUUAAAAAGGUUAUACCAGAAAGUGCUGGGGGCCUUUCCCCAUUCAAUGUACAAUUAGAUCCUAUAGAAAAUGCGAAACAAUAUGCUAAAUUAUUAAAAUUUGUUAACGUGGAUGAUAUAGAAGCCUUAGAAAAUUUCUUUAAGACUGUUCCAUAUGAAAUCUUGAAUUCUGGAAAUGUUAUGGCAAGACAAGACUCAGGAACUGUUAUGGCACCUUGUAUAGAACGCGACAUAGGAGAGGAAAGAUUUCUUGAUGAUAAUCCAGUUAAUAUAUUAAGAAGUGGUAAUUUCGAAAAGCUUCCGACGCUGUAUGGCUUUGUCGAUAUGGAUGGAUUGUUUCGAUUUCCACAGUUUCAUUAUUGGAAAAAUGAAAUGAAUGAUAAAUUUUCAGAUUUUUUGCCUGUUGACUUACAAUUUAAAAACGAAAAUGAGAAAGAAGAAGUGUCCGAACUGGUAAGACAUUUUUACUUCGGUGAUAAACCUGUUGGCGAAGAAACGGUAUUAGCCUAUAUUGAUUAUUUCACUGAUGUGUUAUUUGCGUGGCCAAUUUUAAGAUCUGUCAAAUAUCAAGUUGAAGCGGGACAUGAUCAAAUAUACUUGUAUCAGUAUUCCUAUGUUGAGGAUAGCGCGCCUUUCAUACCGUACACAAAUGUACGGGGUGCAAAUCAUUGCGCUCAGACGUUUGGAAUUUUGGAUGGAUAUUGGAAUGACACAAUUGUUGAUGAGAAAGAUGUAUCAGAAGAUAUAAGCCAACAAAAAAUUUUCUUGAAAGAAAUUUGGUUAAACUUUAUGCUAACGGGGAAGCCUAUACCUAAGGGGUCAGAUUUUCCAGCAUGGCCUGCAGUGACCCUCGACUUGACGCCUCAUAUGUCCAUCAAUAGGACUCUACAGUUAAAAGGACCUCUUAUAAAGGAACGCAGACAAUUUUGGGAAAAAAUCUACGCCAAAUACUAUCGUUACCCUAUACCACCGAUGCUGCCGAAUAAAUACAGGAAAUAAAUAAAAUGCUCUUUA